AUGUCGGACUCAAGCGUGAUCGACCGCGCAUUUGCUCAGGACAAACAACUGCGCAAACGAGUCUUUGAUGCCAUACAAACGAGUCCGCAACAUGCACCUCUAUUCGAAGAUAUCGCGCGAUACCACCUCACCCAUACGAGCAACGGCACAGGUGAUGCCACCGAUAACGACAGCGAACCAGCCUCGAAGAAGCGCAAACUGGUGAACGGGUCCUCCGUGUCAACGAGUCAACCCCCCUCUACUACGUUGUCAAAACAAAACCGCCAGGUUCUCCUCGAAGCAAGAGACGUCUCAUUCUCCAUACCGCAGCGGAAGAAACUACAUCUCGGAAUUGCACAGUAUACCGGAGGAGGAGAAGACAAGAACAAGAGUGCCACCGGCAACACAACACCUUCUACACAUACCCUAUUCGCACGAAACCCAGCAACCAGUUCGAUCGAGUUCGAAGUUGACCUCAACCAAUUCGCCUACGCGCUGCGUCUGCCUGUUCCCGAAAAGGCGACGAAACAAUACAAUUUCUGCCUUUUGCCUCGAUCAACAUCAACAUCAACCUCCAACUCAACCUCCACCAACUCAACCUACACCAACAGCGGCAGUACCAGUACCGUCGAACCCAUAAUCUGGACCGUCAACCACGGCCCCUUGAAAUCUCUACAAAUCUCCGACCCAAAACUCACCAAAAUCAUAUCCGACAGCGACAGCGAACCCGACCAAACCUUCUCAAUCGCACUCAACCACAUUCUCCAAACCGCCACUCGCGGCAAUGUGUCUCUAACAUACCCCACCGAAACGGAAUUCGCAAGCGCAAAACCAGAAUCGCACCGCAAAAGCGACAAGGCAUACCACGUCAAAGCGUUCCGAGGCAGCAAAGACGGAUUUUUGUUUUUCUUGGAAAACGGCAUCUUUUUCGGCUUCAAGAAACCACUGGCGUUUUUUGCGUUUGAUGAUAUCGUGUCCAUUUCGUAUACUUCGGUUUUGCAGCGGACCUUUAAUUUGAAUGUCGCGUAUAGACCGAGCAGUAGUGGUGAUGCUGCAACAACUAUUCCAAAUGGAGAUGAGGACGUUCAAGAAAUCGAAUUCUCAAUGCUCGACCAGGCCGAUUUUCCAGGUAUAGAUGCCUACGUCAAGAGGCAUGGGUUGCAGGAUGCCAGUCUUGCUGAGUCGCGUCGUGCCGCUGCUGCUGCUGCCAAAAAGGCUGGUGGUGGUGGUGGUGUCGCUGGUAGCACUGGUGGUGGUGUCAACACUGCUACAUCUGGUGUUGAUGAUGGAGGAGAAGAAGAAGAAGAUACCCGCACCGAGUUGGAAAAAGCCCAACAACAGCUCGAGGACGAAGAGGAUGAACUUGAAGAGGAUUAUGAUCCCGGCAGCGAGGGCGAGAGUGAUGGUAGUGGUGGGAGCUCUGAGAGUGAUGCCGAUGACGAUAAUGACGACGGUCACGAUCAGCGGGCCUCUGGAAGGAAGAAGAAAGCCAACAAUCAUAGUGGACAGAAUCGCGAUCUUGUCGCUGAAGAGCUUGGCAGUGAGGCCGAGGACGUGAGUAUCACUGAAGAUGAAGUGGAAGAACAAGAGGGACAUGAAGACAACGAAGCGGACCCAGAUGGUGGGGAACAACAUGCCGCGGAAGAAGAAGAGUACGAUGAAGAUGAAGAUGAAGUUGAGGAUGAACACUACGACGACCACAAAAAUACUUGGGCUCAUGAGGCGGGAAUGCCAGACCCAGAUGACGAGGAUCAGUUGUGA